AUGUCAGCUCCAGCCAAGACUAUGUUCUAUAAGAUCAUUCAAAAGAAGUCCACCAUCGGAAUGCCACCAUGGGUCCGUAGAAAUAUCCAACUUUUGGGUUUGAGAAAGAGACUUGAUGUGUCAUACCAAAGAGUUUCCCCAUCCACUGCACACAGAAUCGCUGCUGUUAAGGAAAUGGUUGAGAUCGAAUUAGUUGAGCAACCUAAGACUAGAGAACAAGUUGCCAAUGAAAGAAAGCCAAGUCCUGGAUUUGUGCUUUUAAAGUCUAACUAG